UGAAGAAAAUAUCUAAUGCGUCUCUGCGACGUAUAACAUGUAUCUUCCACACGUUCUCUCUCAUUUUCCCACAGGCAAAAUAUCAAACAUUUGAUAUCCGCUCUUUGUUAAACCCCUCUAAAACCUCUACUUACCCAUUAAUUUUAUCUUCUUCGGCCUUUUGCUCAGGUGGCGCCUCCGCCUCUUCCGCCGUUGCAGGAUGGCCCACUUCUGUAAUAUCUUCAUUCUCAUCACUUUUCAAUUAUACUAAGCUCAUACCUUCUCUUCCUCUUCAAUGGCUUCUGUUGACAUUUCCACUCCUCUUAUUUUCAAACUCUCCUCCUCUCCUAAGCUUUGGAAGCUAUUCAGUGUUAAAUUCCCUUGUCAGUACAGUCGCAAUUACAAGCCUAAGGUUGCAUUUUCCCUCAAUAAUGUCGUCUCCGCUCGAGCUGCUUCAAUUUCCAGUCCCACCACAUUUGGCAUUAAUACUACCACCGAUUUGGGGCAACGGAGGGAAAAGAUUGAUACCGAGCAGGACCCCAUUUCCAUCCUUAACGAGAGGAUUCGCCGCGACUAUCGCAAGAGAGAGGCCUCAUCCAGACCUGUAAUGGACUCGAAAGAGGCUGAUAAGUAUAUACAGAUGGUGAAGGACCAGCAGCAGAGGGGAUUGCAGAAGCUGAAAGGAGAAAGGGAAGCAAAAGAUGGGGGCGUUUUCAGUUACAAGGUGGACCCCUAUUCGCUUAGUACUGGGGAUUAUGUAGUGCAUAAGAAAGUGGGCAUUGGGAGAUUCGUUGGAAUUAAGUUCGAUGUUCCAAAGGGUUCUAAUGAGUCUAUUGAGUAUUUGUUUAUUGAAUAUGCGGAUGGCAUGGCAAAACUUCCUGUUAAGCAGGCUUCUCGCAUGCUUUAUCGUUAUAAUCUUCCAAAUGAAAACAAAAGGCCCCGGACAUUGAGCAAACUCAAUGAUACUAGUGCGUGGGAGAGGAGAAAGACAAAAGGAAAGAUUGCUAUACAGAAAAUGGUUGUUGACUUAAUGGAGCUGUAUUUACAUAGGCUGAGGCAAAAAAGACCUCCCUACCCAAAGAGUCCUGCAAUGGCUGAAUUUGCUGCACAAUUUUCUUAUGAACCCACACCAGAUCAGAAGCAGGCUUUCAUGGAUGUUGAGAGGGAUUUGACUGAGAGAGAGACUCCAAUGGAUCGAUUAAUCUGUGGAGAUGUUGGAUUUGGUAAAACAGAAGUUGCUUUACGUGCCAUCUUUUGUGUGAUUGCAGCAGGAAAGCAAGCUAUGGUCUUAGCACCAACAAUCGUUUUAGCCAAACAACAUUUUGAAGUUAUUUCAGAAAGGUUCUCCAGGUAUCCUAACAUCAAGGUUGGACUUCUGAGUCGGUUUCAGACUAAAGUGGAGAAGGAGAAGUAUUUGGACAUGAUUAAACAUGGUGAUUUGGACAUCAUUGUGGGGACUCACUCACUUCUUGGAAGUCGUGUUGUGUAUAAUAAUCUAGGGCUCCUUGUGGUUGAUGAAGAACAGAGGUUUGGUGUCAAACAGAAGGAGAAGAUUGCUUCUUUCAAGACUUCAGUUGAUGUCCUCACACUUUCAGCAACACCUAUACCUCGAACACUUUAUUUAGCAUUAACUGGAUUUCGUGAUGCAAGUUUAAUUUCAACUCCUCCACCAGAAAGGGUUCCUAUAAAGACCUAUCUUUCAGCAUACAGUAAAGAGAAGGUAAUAUCAGCAAUCAAAUAUGAGCUAGACCGCAGUGGCCAAGUAUUUUAUGUCUUGCCUCGUAUUAAAGGGCUUGAAGAAGUGAUGGAUUUUCUUGAACAGGCAUUCCCAAAUGUUGAAAUAGCUAUUGCACAUGGGAAGCAAUACUCAAAGCAGCUUGAAGACACCAUGGAGAAAUUUGCACAAGGUGAAAUUAAGAUUCUCAUAUGCACAAACAUAGUGGAAAGUGGGCUUGACAUCCAAAAUGCAAACACCAUCAUAAUUCAGGAUGUUCAACAAUUUGGCCUUGCGCAAUUGUAUCAGUUGCGUGGAAGAGUGGGCCGCGCUGAUAAGGAAGCUUAUGCACACUUAUUUUACCCUGAUAAGUCACUGCUGUCUGAUCAAGCAUUGGAGAGGCUUAAAGCUCUUGAAGAAUGCAAAGAACUUGGCCAAGGUUUCCAACUUGCAGAGAGAGACAUGGGUAUCAGAGGCUUUGGCACCAUCUUUGGUGAGCAACAGACUGGGGAUGUUGGGAAUGUUGGCAUUGACCUCUUCUUUGAAAUGCUUUUUGAGAGCUUAUCCAAGGUUGAAGAACACCGUGUAAUUUCAGUUCCUUACCAGUCUGUACAGAUUGAUUUAAAUAUAAACCCUCAUCUCCCUUCUGAGUACAUAAAUCAUCUAGAUAACCCCAUGGAAAUUAUUAGUGAAGCUGAGAAUGCUGCAGAGAAAGAUAUCUGGAGUUUGAUGCAAUUUACAGAGUCUCUGCGCAGCCAAUAUGGAAAAGAGCCUUAUUCUAUGGAAAUUCUGUUGAAGAAGCUUUAUGUUAGGAGAACGGCAGCAGAUCUUGGGAUAACAAGAAUUUAUACUUCAGGAAAAAUAGUUUGCAUGAAAACAAAUAUGAGUAAAAAGGUUUUCAAGCUGAUGAUAGAUUCAAUGGCAUCAGAUGUCCAUCGAAACUCUUUGGUUUUUGAUGGAGAUCAAAUAAAGGCGGAACUUCUUCUGGAGCUACCAAGAGAACAGCUGCUAAACUGGAUCUUUCAGUGCUUGGCAGAACUUCACGCUAGCCUUCCGGCCCUUAUAAAAUAUUAGUUCACUGUACAGAAUUAGCUGCUCUUUUUCACUUCCUCUAUAAAUUCAAAUCAAAGAUUACACGGUUUUAUGGCUGAUCGUAAAUAGGGAAACUAUAGUGCAUCUCCAAGUCCAAUUGUUUUAAUCCACUCACCCUCAGGCCUAAUCUGCCCUUGCAAAGUCCACUUGAGCAUCCAGAGUCAGAUAUUUCAAGGUAAGCUGCAAAAAUUAAUUGUUUUGUUGUAAUCAUCAGCCCUGGCUGACCAGCUCUACUGCAGGUUGCAUAAGAAUGCAAUGUUGGCUGUUUUAAGUUGUACUUCUGCAUCAGAGGAAGCUUCCACUCACAGAAGGUGAAGAUUCUGGAGAUUAAUGACACAUCUCGUGCUGUUUUUUCGGCAUUACAGAGAUCUCUCUGAACUUGGGAGCGAAGCAUAAAAAUUCUUUUUUUGUCAUGACUCUGCCUUGUUGAUGAUUUGCAGAACCUUGAUGAUUAUUGUACCACCUUAGCAUGUAGAUUAGAGAAAUGUAAAAUGAUGGUAAGAAAGAAUUUUGUCUCUGCUGUUCAUUAUUUAUGGUGAUUAUUGAUUACAGACAUUUACUUUUAGGAAUCCAUAUUAUUAUUAUU